UGGCCUCAAUCGAGGUGCUGGGCAGGCGGCGGCGUGCGGAUGCGGGAGGGAAACGCAUGAGGAGUCAUAGCAGAGAGGUUAUUUCCAGCCAAGGGGAAGGAACCGGCCUCCGAAGGGAGCUGACGGCAGGGAUUAUUGGCGCAGAAAGCAAAGGGAGCCUCGCGGGUCUGGCUCCCCCCUUCUGCCCGCCGCCCGCUGCUCACAUCUGGGCACAGCUGUUUCCUGGAGCCCUUCUGCACAUUAUUUUGCAGCAAUGGAAUCGAAUGGCAGCUUCCUCGCUUGCAGCAGCCUGAAAGAUGACAAGGAUCUGAAGUUCCUUUUGAAAGGCAGCCAGCUGGUCAAAGUGAAGUCAGGUUCUUGGAAAAAGCAGCGGUUUUAUAAGCUCCAGGAGGACUGCAAAACCAUAUGGCAGGAAUCAAAGAAGAUGCUGAGGUCUCCGGAGUCGCAGACCUUCUCCAUUGAAGAUAUUCGGGAUGUGAGGUCAGGCCAUAAAACAGAAGGUAUGGAAAAGUACGCCAAGAAUGUCUCGGAGAAUCUCUGCUUUUCCAUCGUUUUCAAAGACCAACGCAAAAACCUGGAUCUCAUUGCAAAUUCAGAGGAUGAUGCCAACCAUUGGAUCACUGGCCUUGGGAAAAUCAUAGCCCACAGCAACUCUAUGAACCAGAAACAGAAACUCCAACACUGGAUUCAUAGUUGCCUGCGGAAAGCUGAUAAAAACAAAGACAACAAGAUGAGCUUGAAGGAGCUCAAGAACUUCCUGAAAGAAGUGAACAUUGAAGUCGAUGACUAUCAUGCCAAGAAGAUUUUUCAGCACUGUGACAAGUCCAAAACAGAGGCUUUGGAGGAUGAGGAGAUAGAGGAAUUUUACAAGAUACUGACAGAGAGGGAGGAAAUAGACAAAAUCUUCCAAAAGUAUGCAGAUGCGGAAGGGUUCAUGUCCUGCCAGAACCUGGUGAGGUUCCUCUAUGAGAUGCAGCAAGAAGAAGACGCUGUUGUUGCUGCUCCUGCCUUAAUUCAGAGAUAUGAGCCCAAUGAAAGAGCCAAGAGAGGUAACGCCAUGACCAAGGAUGGUUUCCUGAUGUACCUGCUGUCUGAUGAUGGAAAUAUAUUCAAUUCGUCUCACAGUAAAGUUUACCAGGAUAUGACUCAACCUCUCAGUCACUACUUGGUGUCAUCCUCACACAAUACCUAUCUCAUGGAAGACCAACUGACAGGUCCAAGCAGCACAGAGGCCUAUAUCAGAGCCCUCACCAAAGGCUGCCGCUGUGUGGAACUGGAUUGCUGGGAUGGCCCUAACUCAGAGCCCGUCAUUUAUCAUGGCUACACUCUCACCUCCAAGAUCCUCUUCAGUGAUGUCAUUAAGGCCAUCAAGAACUAUGCUUUCAAAACCUCACCAUACCCUGUCAUCAUCUCCCUGGAGAACCACUGCAGCCUUGACCAGCAGAAGGUCAUGGCUCAGCACAUGACAACGAUCCUGCAGGACAUGCUCUUGGUCGCACCGAUUGACGGAAACAAAUCCCACUUCCCUUCCCCAGAGCAAUUAAAAGGGAAGAUCCUUGUGAAAGGGAAGAAGCUGAGCAGGCAAGAGGACCCCACUGGAACAAAUGGGAACAAUAACUUGGAGGCUGAGGAUGUCUCUGAUGAAGACGAAGCAGCUGAAAUGGAAGAUGAAUCUGUAAAGACCGAAGUAGAGCAGAAGGGAAAGAGUGACACCUUGAAGCUCGCCAAGGAGCUGUCAGACACAGUUGUCUACUGCAAGAGUGUCCAUUUCAAUGGCUUUGGGGACCCCAGUCACCCUCGGGCUUUCUACGAGAUGUCAUCGUUCUCAGAGAGCAAAGCUCUGAAGCUAGCUCAGGAGUCUGGAAACAAUUUUAUUCAUCACAACAUCAGGCACCUGAGUCGGAUCUACCCUGCAGGCUGGAGGACAGAUUCCUCCAACUAUAACCCUGUCGAUUUGUGGAACGUCGGAUGCCAGAUUGUUGCCCUAAAUUUCCAGACAGCAGGCACAGAAAUGGAUGUCUACCAGGGUCGGUUCCAGGACAAUGGGUUUUCUGGGUAUGUCUUAAAGCCGGAAUUCCUCCGGGAUGAGCAAACCAAAUUCAAUCCAAAAUCCAUCACAGAAGGAGCAUGGGGGACAAGGAAGAAACUUCUGCUUAAAAUCAUCUCUGGUCAGCAGCUGCCGAAGGUGAACAAAAGCAAAAAUUCCAUCGUUGAUCCUAAGGUAACAGUUGAGAUCCAUGGCAUUCAACAGGACAACAACAAGAAACAGACCAAAGUCAUUGAAAACAAUGGCUUUAACCCGAAGUGGGACGAAGAGUUUACGUUUGACAUAGAGAUCCCUGAGCUUGCCCUAAUCCGGUUUGUGGUGGAAGACUUUGACAUGUCAACCAAGAAUGACUUCAUUGGGCAGUAUACCCUCCCUUUCACUAGUCUGAAGCAAGGUUACCGCCACAUCCAUCUUCUAACCAAGAACGGGGACCCGUACUCCUCCUCCACCCUCUUUGUGUACAUUGAUAUCCAGGACUGUGAUUAGUGGCUCAACUCUUUCUAGGUACAGUGAAUCCUGUUACAGACCUAGGAGGACCUCAGCGUGCGACAUCUCGUGCGACACCUGCCUACACCAGGGUCCUGUCAAAUCCCCAGUGCCUUCUCCAGAGCAGCACAUGGUGCCCCAUAGGGCCCGUGGUGUGAAAUAGCCAUCAAACCUCUCCCUUCUGUGUGCUGGAAACAUCCUAAUGGGGUUAUUGAGAUUAAUAAUUUUGUACCUGUUUGACCAAUCCAGGCAUGUUUUUAGUUCACUUUAAUUCAUGAGAUUUUUAGUUCUGCUUUUAGUGAGAACAUAGGGAUUUCAUUUUAGCAAUUUACAGCUCUUGGGUUGGUUUUGGGUAGGCAUCUGGACAAAACACCCAACACUUGUGCAAAACAACACACCCUACCACUGAAACGCAGUGGUCAGAUACCAGUUCGCUUCACACUACUUCAGAUGUUAGCCAUUCUUUACCGUAUGAAGUCCCAAACAGGGACAAAAAUUUUCCACUUAUCUGUUAUAGAUUAAAAAAGAAAGCUGCACUACACAGGCCCAUGUUAUACAACUUGACUUUCCUUUUGUAUUAUAAUAAAAAAUAUAUGAACACUACUCUGCCUGUGUGCCUGGCUCUCAGCCAGGUCACUGCACAUUCAAAGCCUGGCUCCGAGUCUGUGAAGGAGAAAGAAGCCACUGAAUGGCAGAUUUCCCUCUAAUCCAAAGUGAAACCCGCUGAAAGGGGCCUCAGAGAAUGUCUUUUGCAGAUGACAGUGGAAAUACACUGAACUGACAGUAGGGCUUUUUUUUAAUGCUGUAAAUCUUUGUUGUUUUUGUUUUUGUAGAAGAAAAAAGUCUUUUUUUAACCACAGAGGAAGUGGCAAUAGAAAACAUUUUAAAUGUUAGCCUGGUCCCAAUUGCACUAUAGGGGUAACUUAGCACAAGCAGACAGGAGUGUUUUGAACAGUAACCCAGUAUUCAUGGGAAAAGGUCUUUUUUUUUUCCAAGUGCAACUACAGAGUUAAGAGAAUAUUGUUGAAAUAAAAUAAUAUAUUUUUGAAGUGCCAGCUGUGUUACUAACAAUAUGUGAGACUAUUAAAAAUAGAAAAAAAUUGAAAAAGUCCAGUGAUUUGUCACUACUUGCCUCUUUGGCUUACUUGAAUGCAACACAGAUGAAUUUGGAGAUAGACCUGCUUAAUUUCUCUAAAGCUAAUCAGUCUUCCUGGGGUUUGUCAUGCUUAGUAGUAGAGAGGACUGGCAUGCUGCUUCCAAAGAGGUUAAUUUCCUUUUGAAUAAAUUCCAGUCCGCUCCCUCCUCUAGCUUUUCCCUAGUCCAAAAUAGCCUGGAUUUAAUAACCCUUGGGCACACUGUAAACUGGACUUCAUUUAGUCCAACCCAGAGUCUGUCAUGCUGCAGUAAUCACUGCUGGACACAUUGACUUUUCCUCCUCACUAUAAUGCUGUGUGAUGUUGUAAACCAUUGCCAGAUUAAAUGUGAAUUAUAUCCACACCUCAA